UCCAAAAGAAAAAGAAGAAGAAAGCAAAACAUACAUUACGAGAAGUAAGUAACUUCUUGGAGAUCUAUGUACUAGAAACAGAUCAUUUUUUUCCACUAUACGGAAAUCGAAACCGAGAAAAGAGAUAUAGCAAUGGAUCAUUUCAGCCACGAGCAUCCACUGAUCCUGAAUGAAGAUUACAUUGCUAGAGGCCCGGCUGAGAUGUGUAAUGCCUGCAACGAAGAGAUCGUCUCAUGUAAGUCAUUUGUUUUCAGUUGCAGCCGCAGCAGCAUCACGGGCUUCCCAAGAAGUGAGACCAGGGAUGUUGAUGAAAAAUGUCUUAGAUUCUUCCUCCACAAAACCUGUGCAGAAUUACCCCGUAGGAUUGAAAGUCCAAGAAACCGAGAAGAGUUCCUUGACCUCCAUAUCAUUCCCCGUAACAAACAUAAACUAAAUCACAGAAUUUUGGGCGGUCAAGAAGACAUUCGUCACUGUGAUAUGUGUGAGCAAAAAAUGUCAUGGAAUUAUUGUACUUCCGAACUCCAAUUCUGUGUUUGCCUUCAAUGUGCCAUGUCCCAAGUUGAUUCUUUAAGAAGCCAUAAAUUUAAGCAUCAAUCUCACAGUCAACACCCAUUGGCCUUAAUCCAACGUCCGUCUUCAUUCAAAUGUGAUGCUUGCGAUGUCGAGGAUGAUACCAAAGAUAUGUCAUAUAAAUGUGUGGAUUGCCCGUUCUGGAUGCACAAGAGUUGCGCUGAUGCCCCUACCUCUUUCCUAUUUUCUUUCCACGAUAAACACCCUCUUAUCCUCUCAUUUUCUCUGCCACAAGCUUAUCAAAAAUUUAAACAAUAUUGCAGAAUCUGUGAUUGGAAGCUGAACCGAUCAAAUUGGCUUUACUAUUGUUCCAAAUGCAGGUUUUUUGCCCAUUUUCAAUGUGCUAGAGCAAGGCAGCAUUUUGAGGAUAUUUUCGGCCCUUCUGAAGAUAAAGAAUAUCCCGAUCUUGUGCACCUCCCAGCAGCUACUGAAUCAUCUGUAAAUUUAUUGUUUGAGCAAUUUAUCAAGGACAUGAGUCGUGCAAAGAACGAGGAAGGAUGUAGCACAAGACGUCGUCUUAAAGAUUGGGCUCACGGUGAACAUCAGCUGCAUCUUGUUACAGUUGAUGAGUUGAAUCAUGAGAAAGCUGGUGAUGAUGUAUUAUUUAUCUGCGAUGCCUGUGUCAAACCCAUCCGAAAUGAUGGCGAUCUUUUCUACGCUUGUGUUCCUUGUAAAUAUUUUCUGCACAAAUCUUGUGGUGAACUUUUUUUACCCACCACGAACUACCAAAAAUCAUCAGAUACGAUGCUAUAUUACAAGUACAGUCAACCACACAAGCUUUUCCUCUGUUAUGGUUGUACAAAUUACGGUAAUGGUUUAUCUUUCCGUCGAAUUCAUCCAAGACAGAGGAACUGUUUAAAUCAUCAUAUCCGAUGCUCAGCACUACCCGAAAGGAUCAAACAUGAGUCCCACCAUCACGUACUUGACUUCCAAAGUUCUGAUAGAUUUCAUACUUGCAAAGCAUGUGGAGAGAGUGCUUAUACAUUCCGCAGUUGUGAAGAUUGUGAUUUCCGUAUAUGUCUAGGAUGUGUUAUGAAGGCGAGUCGAGUUAAACAUCGGUGGGAUCCUCACCCCCUUCGCUUGAUUUAUGAUCCUGGAAUGGUCGAGGAUCACGAACAUGAGUAUGAAUGUGAGUUCUGUUCUGAGGAGUUGGACACAAACUUUUGGUUCUACCAUUGCAAUCGUUGUGAUCUUUCGUUUCAUCUUCGAUGUUAUGAGAAAUCAUGUUUUCUGGAUUACUCAACUAUCAAGUUUGGUGCUACUGAUAUUGUUGAAGACCAACUUCAUCAUCACGGCCUUACAUUUGUAUUCAACAAGAAGGUUCGUCGUUGCGGAAUAUGUAAGGACAGAUGUGUUGGUCAGCCUGUUCUUGAAUGUGCACCGUGCAGAAUCAUAUUCUGUCAGUCCUGCUCGUGAAUGUGGUGGUGGGAAUGAUUCGCAUGAAUUCGUUUUGUUUCAAGUCCUUGUAUUAGGUUUUCGCAUUGCCAUUGCAAUGUCGAAUUGACAAUUUUGUAUUUUCUCCGAUUUCAAACUCUCUCGCUUUGUAAGGAUUUCUACGUGUU